CCUCCCACUGCUGUGGGGUACAAGUAACGAGUUCUACGCUUAGGUGCGUAUUCCCAGACCUUCAUAAUCUUGUUGUUGACUGCCAUGGCACCCAUCCCAACACAAUGGACGCGGCUCAUUCGCUUUGUCGCCGCGGAGACUGCACAAAUUCAUGUCGGACAACCGGUCGACCCCAGACUUGAUGUUGGCCUUGCUGCAUGGAACAAACAGACCAUCAGAGCUUAUGAGAUCUCUGGGUCCGCCCUUGAUCCUGCCGCUCGCGUUACGAGCAACGUCUUGACAGUUGACAAGCUUCUCUCUCCUCUCUCUCGCGAAGAGAUGAAGAUCGUUCGGUGCUUGGGUCUCAACUACUCUGACCACGCAGCAGAGACAAAGAUGGCUAAGCCUGCUGCCCCCAUCUUGUUUUACAAGCCCCUGGCGUCGAUGAUCGGUCCCAAUGCACCAAUCUUCAUUCCAAAGGUUGCGCAACCUGUCGAAGAGCACCUCUCCGACUACGAGGUAGAACUCACCAUCGUUAUCGGAAAGGCGGCCAAGGACGUCUCUGAGGCGGAUGCUCUUGACUACGUCCUCGGGUACACUGGUGCCAAUGAUGUGUCGUUCCGCAAGCACCAACUGACAACUUCGCAGUGGGGAUUCUCCAAGGGGUUCGAUAACACAACUCCCCUUGGUCCUGUCAUUGUAUCAAACAACGCUAUUUCCAACCCCCAGGACAUCCCGCUAACUUGCACACUCAAUGGAAAAGUUCUGCAGGACGGUAGCACCAGCGACCAAAUCUUCAAUGUUCGGAAAACAGUAUCUUUCCUCUCGCAGGGAACCACCCUUGAGCCCGGGUCGAUUAUCUUGACUGGAACACCUAAAGGUGUUGGUUUCGCAAGGAAGCCCGCCGUUGUACUCAAGAACGGCGAUGAUUGCAGGGUAUGGUUGGGUAAUGGCAUUGGCACACUCGUCAACUCUGUCAUUGAAGAGGGCCGUUACCAAGCGAAGUUGUAAAUUUGUAGCCGCAUAUAUCGUAUUUCUUAUUCAUGUGCAUCCUUUAUUCUCAUGAAUUGACGACAGCAGGUAAUGGAUAUGAUACAUAGUU